CAGGAAAGGAACGUGUAGGAGGAAGCUUAGCUGAUUAUAGAGAGAGAAGGGGUUAGAGGUAGAAAGAAGGUGAAAAUCUCUCUCUGAGUCCUGAGAGGGUCACAACAAUAAUUGCGUGACUGAGAUCGGUUUUUCUUGAAGCUUCGCAGUCGCAGGGUGAAGAAUGGGAGAGGUGGCGAGUGGCGGUGGUUGUUGCCCUCCGAUGGAUCUGUUCCGCUCGGAGCCGAUGCAGCUUGUUCAGCUCAUCAUUCCCAUCGAAUCCGCUCAUCGCACUGUCUCCUACCUCGGCGACCUUGGCCUCCUUCAGUUCAAAGAUCUCAAUGCAGAGAAGAGCCCUUUUCAGCGGACUUAUGCGACUCAGAUAAAAAGAUGUGGAGAGAUGGCUCGUAAGUUGCGUUUCUUCAAGGAGCAAAUGUUGAAGGCUGGUGUUUCUCCAAAAAAUUCCUUAGGACAUGUUGAUCUGAACAUCGAUGAUCUUGAUGUCAAACUUACAGACAUUGAAGUAGAGUUAACUGAGAUGAAUGCAAAUGGUGAAAAGUUGCAACGCACUUACAAUGAACUUGUGGAGUAUAAGCUCGUGCUGCAGAAGGCUGGUGAGUUUUUCCAGUCAGCUCAGAGCCGCGCCAUAGAGCAACAGAGAGAAUAUGAAUCACACCAGUUGAGUGGGGAAUCCAUGGAAACACCUUUGUUGCAGGACCAAGAAUUGCUGGGUGAUUCAGGGAAGCCAGUUAAGUUGGGGUUUUUAGCUGGCCUUGUUCCCAGGGAGAAGUCCCAGGCAUUUGAGAGAAUUUUAUUUCGUGCUACUAGAGGCAAUGUGUUUCUGAGGCAGGCUGUUGUUGAGGAUCCUGUCAUAGAUCCUGUUUCUGGAGAAAAGAUUGAGAAAAAUGUUUUUGUUGUCUUCUAUGCUGGUGAAAAAGCAAAAGCCAAGAUUCUGAAAAUAUGUGAUGCCUUUGGUGCUGAUCGUUACCCUUUCGCUGAGGAACUUGGAAAACAAGCUCAAAUGAUUAAAGAGGUUUCAGGAAGACUUUCAGAAUUGAAGACUACUAUAGAUGCUGGAUCGCUGCACCGGGGAAGUUUGCUACAGACUAUUGGUGCCCAAUUUGAGCAAUGGAACCUUUUGGUGAGGAAGGAAAAAUCUGUUUACCAUACCUUGAACAUGCUGAGCCUUGAUGUGACGAAAAAAUGUCUUGUGGCUGAAGGGUGGAGUCCUAUUUUUGCAACAAAGCAGAUUCAAGAUGCAUUAGAGCGGGCAGCAAUUGAUUCUAACUCUCAAGUUGGUACUAUUUUCCAAGUUUUGCAAACUAGGGAGAUGCCACCUACAUACUUUCGCACAAACAAGGUUACGUCUUCAUUUCAAGGAAUCAUUGAUUCAUAUGGGGUUGCUAAGUAUCAGGAAGCGAAUCCCACUGUGUAUACUAUAGUUACAUUUCCAUUUCUUUUUGCCGUAAUGUUUGGUGAUUGGGGUCAUGGAAUAUGUUUGCUACUUGCAGCCCUUUAUUUCAUAAUCAGGGAGAAGAAACUUUCUAGCCAGAAGCUUGAUGAUAUCACCGAAAUGACUUUUGGAGGUCGAUAUGUUAUUAUGUUGAUGGCACUCUUCUCAAUCUACACUGGUUUGAUCUAUAAUGAGUUCUUUUCUGUCCCAUUUGAACUCUUUGGUCCCUCUGCUUAUGCAUGCCAUGACCUUUCUUGCAGUGAUGCUACGACAUCAGGCCUGGUAAAAGUGCGCCACACUUACCCAUUUGGUGUGGAUCCUGUAUGGCAUGGUACCAGAAGUGAAUUACCAUUCCUAAACUCAUUGAAAAUGAAAAUGUCAAUUCUUCUUGGGGUCGCUCAAAUGAAUCUUGGAAUUAUUAUGAGCUAUUGCAAUGCCCUAUUCUUUCGGAACAAUGUAAAUGUCUGGUUCCAAUUUAUUCCCCAGAUGAUAUUUCUCAACGCUUUAUUUGGCUAUCUCUCCCUGCUUAUUAUUGUGAAGUGGUGCACUGGUUCUCAGGCUGAUUUAUACCAUAUAAUGAUCUACAUGUUCCUGAGUCCAGCAGAUGAUUUGGGUGAAAACCAACUCUUUGUUGGUCAGAAAUAUUUGCAGAUGACGCUUUUGCUUCUGGCUCUUGUUGCUGUGCCCUGGAUGCUGCUCCCAAAACCAUUUAUUUUGAAGAUUCAACACCAAGCUAGGCAUGGGGAUGAAUCAUAUACAGCACUUCAAACCACAGAGGAGAGCUUGCAAGUGGAGUCAAAUCAUGAUUCUCAUGGUCAUGAAGAGUUUGAGUUCAGUGAAGUCUUUGUGCAUCAACUUAUACACACCAUAGAGUUUGUACUUGGAGCAGUCUCUAACACAGCUUCUUACCUUCGUCUAUGGGCCCUUAGUCUUGCCCAUUCAGAGUUAUCAAGUGUAUUCUAUGAGAAAGUUCUAGUUCUGGCAUGGGGGUACAAUAAUGUGAUUAUCCUGAUAGUGGGUAUCGUUGUCUUCGUAUUUGCUACUGUCGGAGUAUUACUCGUCAUGGAAACCCUGAGUGCCUUUUUACAUGCUCUAAGGCUUCAUUGGGUGGAGUUCCAAAACAAAUUCUAUGAGGGUGAUGGAUACAAGUUCCACCCCUUCUCGUUUGCAUUGCUAGAUGAAGAGGAGGAGUGAUGCUUUAAAAUCAUAUAUAUGAACGUGGGAGUAAUAUUGCUUUGGACCUGUAUUGAUUCUUUCAUUUGCUGUGACUAUAGUCAGUGACUGGUAAAUGCGGCAUUGUAUAUGGUGGAAAUCCUGGUAGCUUUUUUCAUUCAAACACCAUUUCGUAUCUUAUUUAUGCCAGUGAGUGAGGGGAAUAAAUUGUCCUCAUUAGGGGGAGCAACGUUGAUGAGCUAGGCAGGCGUGGCUGUAAUAAUAAUUUUAUCAUGACAUAUUGAUGUCUAUUACAUUUUUUUGUCCCCAAAACAAGUAGCCUUAUGUUGACAUCUUA